AUGUAUCAUCACCGUAGCAUCCUGAGACAAAUAGACAGACAUAUGUGCCUCGCUCUUACUUGUGGUCCUUUCUUUUUUGUUUUGUUCACAUUGCUGACAAUGGCAGACUUCCCUCCGAAUCUAGAAGAUGGCGAAAAGUGGCUCCCUUCUGACAUCUACCAAGAAAUCAUCUAUGUAAAAGUUGAACAUGAAGCUCAUGAUGCUACCGUCACGGGUGAAAGUGCUGCUGCAAACGUUUUAAAUGUGCAAUCCAAAGCUGCAUUUGAAAAUUCUGCCAGGGGUUUUUGUAGUGCCAAUUUGAAGAGGGCUGGUGUUCUUGGAAAUGUUUGUAACAUUGGCCACUCUCAGAGUCAUGCAUUUCAAGCAACUUAUGGACCAGUUAGCCCUUACAAUCGUACUGCAGCACCUCAAACUCAGGGAAAUGAUACUUGGCCGGCUCGUUCCCAUUGGAAAGAAGUGAAGAAUUCUGUUGGUAGCUCUGGAGGGACUGGUGUCUAUCUUCCCCGUGCUACAAUCACCACAAAGGAGUUUGAACAUCUUAGAAGUGCUGGUGUUUUUCUUCAACACACUGCUGCAGAUGCACCGAAGAAUACUUUUCAGAAAAAGCAGAAGGGUGGGAAGGAGCAAGUCACUGCAAAGAAGUUUGUUGUCAAAAAGGAAGCAGCAGGAAAGAAAGAGUUGCCUCCAGUUCCAGCUGAACUUGCUUUGCCUAAAGAGUGGACUUAUUAA